GGUCUCACUCUCAGAUAAGUUAAGUUUGUGACUGACUGCUACACACUACACUCCACAAUUCCACUUACAAUUAACCAUUUAAAACGUCUCUCUUCUCUUCUCUUCCUCUUUCUCUCCGCCGACACCGUAACACUUUGCGGUGGCCGUUUCCACCUCCGCCGCUUCAAACGCACCUUCAGGGAUUCAGAAUGAUAGGAUCCUUUCUUACCUGGGCGCUUGUGAUGGUCUUUGGCUAUGCUUAUCCAGCUUAUGAAUGUUAUAAAGCAGUUGAAAAGAAUAAGCCAGAAAUUGAACAGCUUCGCUUUUGGUGCCAGUAUUGGAUUUUGGUGGCUGUUUUGACAGUAUGUGAGAGGGUUGGUGAUACUUUUAUAUCAUGGGUCCCAAUGUACAGUGAAGCUAAGUUAGCAUUUUUCAUAUUCCUGUGGUACCCUAAAACUAAGGGAACAACAUAUGUGUAUGACUCCUUCUUUAGACCCUAUGUUGCAAAACAUGAGCCUGAAAUUGAUCGCAAUUUGUUGGAACUGAGGACAAGGGCAGGGGAUAUUGCAGUUUUGUAUUGGCAAAGAGCUUUCAGUUAUGGUCAGACUAGAAUAUAUGACAUUUUGCAAUUUGUUGCAGCACAAUCAACUCCAUCACCUCGCCCUGCUCAGCCACGACCAGGUGUGAAGGUUCGCCAACAAGCACCUACAAAUCGCCAACCAGCUGCUGCAGCAGAACCACAAGUUGAGGAACCUCCAUCUCCCACCUCUAGCACAUCUUCAAGUCAGAUCCAAAGGGAGGUAGAAGAAGAAUUAGGUACUCCAAAAGUGCCUAAAGCAGCCAUAUCUGCAGCAGGUUUAAGUAACCAGAAGACUCCUGUAACAGGUUUAACUACUCAGAAGUCUGCUGGAGCAGUUUUGAGUACUCAGAAGUCUAAUCCUGCACCCGAAACAACCAACCAAUCUGCAGCAGCAGAGGCAGAGCCAAAACAGAUUGAAGCAGCACCAUCUUCUUCAUCCUCUUCAGCAAAAGAAAAUGGGAACCCGCCUACUCCCACCAAAGAGACCAUGAUGGAAGAAAGCAUUCGGGUUACACGUGGCAGACUAAGAAAAACCCGAUCAGCAGGAACACGCUAGCACAUGAAUGGUGUCAAUUUUUAGCUUGAAAUAGGGGGUAGGUGGACAAUUACGAGCAUUGAAUUGUUGUAAAACUUGAUGUAAAUCUGUUGUCCUAAGUUUCCAUUCCAUUUGUUGCUUCAUUUAAUAUUUUUUAUUUUACAAAUUUUGUCUUGGCAUGGAAGCAUUUGUAGCCUGAUGCCACGUUAUAUGGACUCAGAUUUCAACUAGAUGUUUGCAUCGGCUUCUUUGUAUAGUAACAGUAUUACCAAGUUUUACAUCAUUAAUGAGGCAACUUCUCU